AUGGCGGCCGCGCUGGUGCCGGUGCUGGCGCUGCUGCUGUUGCUGGUGCUACUGGCCGGCCGCUGGGGGGCGCUGCACCUGCUGCACCCGCAGGGGGCGCUGCACCUCGCUCACCUCGCCCGCCGCCGCGGGCCCGUCCUGCGCAUGCGCCUGGGGGGGCGCGAUGUGCUGGUGCUGAGCUCGGCGGGGACCAUCCGGGAGGCGCUGGCCCGGCACUGGGGGGACUGGUUGGGGCGGCCCCCGAGCUACCUGGCGCCGCUGGUGUCUCGGGGGGGCCGGGACCUGGCGCUCGGGGUCCCCUCCCCGGGGUGGCGGCAGCAGCGCGGAGCCACGCGGGGGGCGCUGGCGAGGGCGGGGCCACGGCUGGGGGCGGAGCUUCGGCGCAGGGGGCGUGGCCUGAGGGAGGAGCUCCGUUCCCAUGGGGGUGCCCCCCUGGACCCAUUUGAGGUGUUCGCCUUCCACACCUGCAGCACCAUCGGGCACCUCAUCUUUGGGGAUCUGCUCCCCCCCGAGGCCGAGGUUCGAGCCUUCACCCGCUGCGUGCUGGAGCUGCUGGAGGUGUGGGGCCAGGGCUCGCUGCGGGCGCUCGACCUGCUGCCGGCCCUCAGGGUGCUGCCCCAGCCAGGGCUGCAGAAGCUGCUGGAGCUCGUGGAGCGUCGCGACGCCUUCGUGGGGGCCCAGAUCCAGAAGCACGAGGAGUGCGUGUCCCCCCCCCGGGACACGGUGCUGGGGGCCCUGCGGGACCCCGAGACCCCGGGGCCCCCCCUGAGCCCCCCCCGUCUGCACAUGGCCCUGGUCGACCUCUUCAUCGGCGGCACUGAGACCACGGCCGCGGCGCUGGCCUGGGCCGUCGCCUUCCUGCUGCACCGCCCCGAGCUGCAGGAGCGGCUGCGCGCGGAGCUGCGGCGGGAGCUGCCCCCCGGCGCGGUGCCUCAGGCCGGGGACACGCGGCGCCUGCCCCUGCUCCAGGCCACGGUCACCGAGACCCUGCGGCUGCGGCCCCCGGCCCCCCUGGCGCUGCCCCACUGCGCCCGGCGCACCACCAGCGUCGGGGGUAUCUCGGUGCCAGCCGGCUCCAUCCUGGUCCCCAACCUCCUGGCUGCCCACCAGGACCCCGACAUCUGGCACCACCCCGAGGAAUUCCUGCCUGAGCGGUUCCUGGCGCCGGGGGCGCCGCUGCGGGCGCUGCUGCCGUUCGGCUGCGGGGCGCGCUCCUGCCUGGGGGAGGCGCUGGCGCGGGCCGAGCUCUUCGUGUUCCUGGGGCAGAUCCUGCAGGAAUUCCGGCUGGAGCCGCCGGCGCCGGGGCUGCUGCCCUCGCUGCGGGUGCGGGCGGGCACGGUCCUGCGCUGCCCGCCCUUCCGCGUGCGCAUGGUGCCCUGCCAGGCCCCGGCCUGA